AUGGAAGGGAUAAUGAAGAAAUAUGGCAUCAUGCAUAAAGUGGCUACGGCCUACCACCCACAGACAAAUGGCCAAGCCGAGGUUUUCAAUCGGGAGAUUAAAAGCAUAUUGGAAAGAAUUGUGAAGCCCAAUAGAAAAUAUUGGAGUGCUAAGCUCACCGAUGCAUUAUGGGCCUACCGAACGACAUACAAAAUGCCAAUUGGCAUGAAUCCCUUUCGGUUGGUGUAUGGCAAAGCUUGCCACUUACCGGUAGAGAUAGAGCACAAAGCAUAUUGGGCCGUCAAAGAGUGUAAUCCAAGUUUGGGUGGGGCCGAAGUUGAGAGAAAGCUACAACUAGCGGAGUUGGAAUGUUUGAGGCUUGAAGCUUAUGAGAACUUUAGACUUUACAAGGAAAGGAUGAAAGCCGUGCAUGAUAAGAAUAUAAGAGGCAAAGAAUUUAAAGCCGGCGAUCUAGUCCUCGUUUAUAAUUCAAGAUUGAGAUUGUUGCCCGGAAAACUAAGAUCAAGAUGGGAGGGACCAUAUCAAGUAGAGAAAGAGGAACCCUAUGGGGUUUACCAUUUGCGCCAUCCCUCAAGUCCGGAUAUCUUCAAGGCUUAUUGA